CCGGCGCAUGCGCGCUGGCGUGCCUCCGGUUCCUGCCUGUCGCUGUGUUGUUGUUUUGAGCCGGUCUCCAGGCCCCGCCGCUGUGAGGGACCCGCCGCGGCCCGCGCGCCAGGAGCGACAGGGAUCGGCCCCGGCGCUGCCCCUGUCUGAGAGGGGGGCGGCAGGUCGCGGGGCCUCCUCGGGGUCUUGGCAUCGCCCAAGAGGUGCCACCCCGCGCCGGUCUGGGGCCGGGUCCCCCCGGGAUAACAUCAUGAAGUGUGACUUUUUUGAGAUAAGCUUUCUGGUAUGAAGUAAAGAAACAACAUAUGAAAGACAUAAAUAUUUAUAAGUAAUGUCAGUUAAUUUGCCUUUAAAUGAAUAUUUGUAUCUCCUGAUUAACACAAGAAGCCUUUGGGGGAAGCAGAGAAACAAGCAGCUGUACUACUUGUGUAGACCUAAACUUUAUUGGAGGAUUAGUCAUGGUAUUCCACUUAGAGUUUUUCAUACAAGCAAAACUCAAUGUAAAUGGACCAGAAGCAAAACACUAGAGUGUAGUAAACACAAUUAUAGCCAUGACUUUUUGUAUUAUAGAGUUUCUAAACAUAGCACUUCUUCUCCUAAGGGACUAACAAAAGUGAAUAAUCGUAUGUCACGAAUUAAGAACACUUUUGAAUCUGUUUCAAAGGCUGUUUCUGGCACCCACAGUGAACUGGUUGCACGAAUAGCUCGAUUCAAGCCCCACUCUGGCAUAUUGGGGAAAGCAUUUGAAAAUAAUGUUCAGGAAAACAAUCUCCAGGUAAACCUAGAAAAUGAUAAACGAACUACAUGUGCUGGAGCUCAGGGAGAUUACAACAAUAGUCAAAUUGUAAAGAACUUUGUUCACACAGAUGAAAACUCAGAGUCUACAUUGAUAAGUAGAAGUGGCACUAAUCAAGAUACUUUAAAAGAUUCUGUAGAUAUUAAAAACAACCUUUUUCAUGUAAGCUACUUCACUACAAAUUUUGGAGAGACUUACAACUUUUUAGCAAAUCAUAUCAACUGGUACUUUGGCAUUAAUACUGUUAUGGAUCAAGAGAAAAAAGGAAAUGCUUUUCUACAAGACUCUAAGAACGAACUCAGAAAUAAACUCGAUUCACCAGAAAGUGACAUAAUGAGUAAUGAAAAUAGGAUGAGUUCAGCAUCCACUUUAAUUUCUGCUGCUGAGAUUCAAGAUGCUGAAAAGACAAAUAUUGCUCUUCCAACUUCCACUAAAAAGAGCAUUGCAAGCUUCCUUUCAUACCCUAGUAACAGUGUACAAGCUUUUGUAGACAGUUAUGUAGGCAGUCUGGUCCCCAAGUUGAGAUUUGAGACAAAAGCCGCCUCAGAAGAUAAAUCACAAGAACGCAAAGAGUCUUUGAAAGAUGAAGAGGAUGGCGGCAAAGAGAUCAAAACUGCAGAAGGGAAAGAAAAGCGUUUGUCUCUUCAGAGAGAAAAGAUUAUUGCAAGAGUGAGUAUUGAUAACAGAACACGGGCUUUAGUUCAGGCCUUACGAAGAUCUUCUAACCGAAGAGUCUCUAUCAACAGGAUUGAAGAAUUGACUUACCACCUUCUGGAAUUUCCAGAAACCAGAGGAGUUGCUAUUAAGGAAAAAAUAAUUCCAUGCUUACUACAGCUGAGACAAGGAACUGAUGAAACUCUUCAUGCUGCCGUUAUGGAGGCUUUGGCUAUAAUUGGAUAUACAGAUCCUGUGAAAGCCUGGGGAAUUCGAAUUCUCACUAUUGAUGGAGGAGGAACAAGGGGUUUAGUAGCACUUCAGACUUUACGUAAACUAGAAGAACUUACUGGAAAGCCUGUUCAUGAACUUUUUGACUACGUUUGUGGUGUAAGCACAGGUGCUAUAUUAGCAUUUAUGUUGGGGUUAUUCCAUAUCCCUCUGGAUGAAUGUGAGGAACUGUAUCACAAAUUAGGAUCAGAUGUGUUUAAGCAGAAUGUCAUUGUUGGGACAAUGAAAAUGGGUUGGAACCAUGCAUUUUAUGACAGUGAUAUCUGGGAAAAGAUGCUCAAAGAGAGAAUGGGAUCGGAUCUCAUGAUUGAAACUGCAAGAAAUCCCAGAUGUCCUAAGGAUGGAGGCCUGCUUCUGAAUAAUCCCACUGCUUUGGCUGUCCAUGAGAGCAAAUGCCUUUGGCCAAAUGUCCCACUGCAGUGCGUAAUAUCGUUGGGCACUGGUAGAUAUGAAAGCGAGAGGAAGAACAGCAUCACGUACACAAGUUUGAAAACCAAACUUACAAAUGUUAUCAGCAGUGCAACUGACACAGAAGAAGUCCAUACUAUGUUGGAUGGCCUGUUACCUCCAGACACCUAUUUCAGAUUUAAUCCUUUGAUGAAUGAAGACAUACCUCUGGAUGAAAAUCGGAAGGAAAAACUCAAUCAGUUGCGGACAGAUGGAAUACGGUAUUUAGAACGAAAUGAAGAAAAAAUUAAAAAAGCUGCCAAAAUCCUAACACAAGAAAAAACAGUUUUGCAGAAAUUGAAUGAGUGGAUAAGGUUAAAAGCCUAUAUGUGUGAAGGACUUCCAUUUUUUUCCAAACUGUGAAUAUAUAAUUAACGAAAACUCAUAUAUACCGUUCCAGAGAAUCCAGCCAAUUCUAUAAGGGAUCUGUGCAUACAUCGUUACUGUAUAAUUCUGGAUAGCUGUCAAAGUCCAGGGAAUGUUGGAGAAAGCACUUCUCAGUCAAGCACUGGUAUAGUGCUGCCUGCUUUGUACACACAUCCUUGGAAUAAGGUUUCGUGGUGUUCCUUUUUUGAGAUUUAGAAACAUUACUGUUGUACUGGUUAAUUUUAGUGAAAUACUGGUGGUUUUUUUUGGCUGUUCAUGCAGGCCUAUUUUAGAUUCAUUACACCUAGCUCACUUUGUACCACCUAAGAUUAACAAUUAUGAAAAACAAAUGUGCUAUACAUUUUUGUAAAUAUAUACCAUAAUCAUGUUGACAGUAACACAUUGUUUAUUUACCUAUUACUGAAUUUAAAAUAAAAACAAAAAUUAAACUGAUUUCUAUAAGUAUAUUGUAGUCUCUGCAAUAUAUACUACAAGCUGUUUUACUGCCAGUGAAGGUAAUAUCCUUUCAGUUUAUGAAAACCUAAAGCUGGGCCCACGUAAAUGCACUUUUCCAUUUCAAAGAUAAUGUUAAAAUAAUUUGUUUUUAAUAUGCAUUUUUUUGUGUGUAACAGUUAACUUUGUCCAGUAAGAUGUUUGCUGAUUAUAAAAAGGUAUAAAAUACUCAAAAUCAACCAGUAUUUUUUCUGUAAUUUUAAGAUGUGCUGUGCAUUAACUUUUAUAGGUUCAACUCCAGAAUAAAUUAUUCGUUGUUUGAAAAUAACUCUCAAACCUCAUCCCAGCAAAUAUUCUUGUCACAUAAUAAAGGAAAUAAACUCUUGAAAUAAUCCACUUCUCAUGCUGCAGUAGUGACUUUCUUAACAUAUUGAAAUCUCAGAAUCGGAUAGCACCAAACCUUAGAAAUCAGUGUAUAUACUUUUCCUGUAAAGAUGAUGCACGGAGUAAAUAAGUUCAAAUAAAAUGUAUUUUCUUUUAUGCCUUGAAAUCCAUGUGUGCAUUCCCCCAGUAUUCGGUUGACACUAGUGUUGUGUGUUUAUAUGUAGCUUAAAAGGUUGCUUUUGGAAAAAAUAUUUUGUUUUAAUUUUAUUAUAUCCAUCUUUGUGGCCCAUUUCACUAGCCUUAUUUAUAUGAUUUCUGUGAGAAUAUGUUAAAGAAAAUGACAAGUAUAAUUGGACCCCUAGAAACGGUGUAGCUGUGUGAAGAUGUGGGGAAUCUGUCUAUGUACAAUUUAUGAAUUCCAGUUUGAGAUUAUAAACUCUGUGUGUGUCGUUAUCAAACUACAAACUUCAUUUUGGAAGUGGAGCUAGCAUGCCUUCUCUGUUGUCUUUUUUUUCCUCCAUGUUAUACUGAAAUUCCAAGGGGUAGUGUCACAGGGCUAACGAUGGAGGAUCAUUAAACUUUGAUGGUCCUCUAGUCUCAUAGACGCACCCUGGCACAGAGAGUUAGUUUCUGUCCAAAAGAACCAGUCUGCCCAGACAGAGCAGGGGGUCACUUGCCAAAGGGUACUGGCAGUUAUUAUAUUAAAAAAAAAAGAGGUCUUUUGCAGGGCAUUUUAGAGAGGGAGAAGAGACCAGAAGCAAAAGGCUGGGUGCCAGAGUAAGAGGAGACUCCAUAUUCCAGGGGAGAAGCCAUGUGCAAGAUGAAAGUAGGAGAGGAAGGAUCCAUUCCUAGGCUCCUUAAGAGACGGGCCUAAGCCCAAAGAACACUUGAAGUGAAGAAACAAAGGCAGGGAAUAGCAGAUAGGUGUUUUAGUAUUUUGUUUAAAUCUGUAUAUUUUUAUGCUAUAUAAAGUAAUAGCAAUUGUGUUAAAACUUUGCAAAGCCCUGUGUGUUGUGUGCUUCAACUAUUGUGUUUCUGGAGUGGUAAGUAGUAAACCAGAAUGCCCACAAGGUUGAAGCUCUGGGAAAGGGUGUGCUUAAGCUACUGCGGAGUUUGAGGGAGGCAGCAGUAGUCUUAGGACAAAGGCAGUGGGGCCUCAGCUCUCAGAAGGGGGUGCUUGACAGAGAAUCUGUACCCCUCAGAGUGUGCCCAAAAACCCAGAGGCAGUCAGGAAGCCUAAAACCCAUGAGUCAGGCGCAAUGGGAGCCAAACACAGCAGUGUUGUGAGUGUCCAGCCCAGAGAAAUUUACUAGGGCUGUGACAAGCUGCAAUGGCACUUUUUUCUUUUUUAAACCCACCAUGUGAAUAUGGUGUUACUGGAAAUCUAGGAACUUCUAGGUGCCUAAAUACCUUUAAAAAUCUAGCCUUCCGUCUUGCAUCUUUUUGUUCACUUGAGUAGCCCUAAUGACUCUAGUGGGACAAUUUGUGUCAGUAAAAGUUGCAGGAUCCGUCCCUGGGUCAGGCUUGUCUGAUGGGUGCUUUAAACAUGGAUAAAAUAUUGAACUUCAAAGUGUUAGUAUGUCAAGAAGCAAAACCGCAUUGGAGGCCUUUCAAAAGCCCGUCUUCCAUUUUGCCUUUUAGGAGUGGAUAGCGGAGUAACCAAAGUCUAGAUCUUCUGUUACAUAAUUCAGUUACCCAGAAUGACUCACUUCCUUUGACUGCCUACUGCUGUGUAUGUCUUUUUAAAUCAUAGGUAGCUGCAUUAGCCUGUCUCUAAUAACCCUUUUGAGGGAGUGGCUCUAAGAGGGAUUCAGAGCAGGAAGAGGAAGCUACUACUGAGAUUGUGCAUUCCUCUCAGCAGGGUGCCACAUAUCUCAUGGUGUGAUUAGGGGAAAACAAAAUCUAGGCUUUCAAAUUUCACAUGAGAGACUCUUGUCACCUCUCUGCCCCACCUGUUCUUCCUUCCUCAACCUUUAUAAGACCCUCCACGAUUUCCAGGUUUCUUUUUGUCUUUGAAGCUAGUAAGUUCUGUUAAAGACCACGUGUAACCCUGGGCUAAAGUGUUUUAAUGAUCGCCAUGAUACGAAUAAAUUUCAGAUUCCUGAAGGCCAAAGAAGCCUUUGUAAUUUGUGGCACCAGAGGAUGGGAGUGAGGUUGGGUUUUUCCUUGAUCUGGGGAAAGAUUAGAAAAAUAAAAUGCCACAGUAAUUGGGUGAAAGAAUGAAGUAUAUUGGUCAUUUGUCAUUUUUUAUUAUGAACACUCCUCAUGCACCAGAAAGGGUUCCCAGAACAAAGACUAACGUUAACUACUUAAAAAGAACAUUUCUAUAGUCUUUGCUAUAGCCUGGUUUGCCCUUUAAGGCAAGCUGGGCUCAGCCUUGCUGUGACCAGACAGUUAUCCCCCAGCUGAGGCUGAUGGACUUAAUUAUAUGACUGACCCUAGCUUGAAGAGAUCAGAGAGGGGGGUUACUUAAACAGAGCUGUGAACACAGGCAAAGGAAGUGAUCAAGAGAGAGGAGCAAGGGGUGUUUCUUCUCUGGAAAGAGUCUGGGGAAUUCAUGCUGGAAGAGCCCCUCAGGAAGCAUGUUAGGUUCUUGCGAAGGAGGCGGUGAGAGAUUGCCUACAGGUAGUAGGGAAAGCCCUGAAGAAAACUGCCAUAAUCUCUGGGGAAGGACUGGGAAGACUCAGACAGCAACAGGCCAUUGUGGGGCCAAGGAAGUGGUCAUUAGGGGUCACUAGAGGCUAAUUCCCCUGCAAUGCCAUGACCGGACACCAAGGAGUGCUACAGAGGUAAGUGCAACCUAUAGGGCCUUGGUGGGGCAAAGAAUUGUACAGUUCCUAUCCUCUCUUCAGGAUCUUCACCCUCAAGUAUCCUUAAAGCCAAAGGAAUGGCAAGAAUCUGUUUAGUUCACUGGCAGUCUUUCCUGUGAUCUGUGGAGUAAGUAAGGGGAGGUUAAAAAAAAAAAAAUAAAACUAUACACCACUGAAGGA